GCAGAGUACUUCAGAUUGUUCAUUUAUUCAAUAUUUAAUGAUUGAUAAUAUUGUUCAAUAUCUGUGUUGCUGAUUACUCUAAUCCCAGCAGGUGGUUUAAAAAAAAAAAAAAAAUCUCAACAGCUUUUUACAUUUGUGAUUGGCUCCACACCACACCAGCCCAGGCCCCUUAUGUUACAUCACCAGUUGUCAAUAAGGAAAUAAAAAAAAUGUGAACCCUGAUCAUUCCUCCUGAACUUCUGAAAGAUGAAGACCAAAAUCACUAAGAAGACAAUUUUGAAGUUUUCUGGAAUACUGCUGUUAAUCCUUGUACUUUCGGUUUUAAUUUUAUUUGCUGUUGUGAUCGGUAGGACAUUUACAUUUAAAGUGAACACAGAACUUGGACAAUGGGAAAAUGCAACAACAAUUUAUCCCAGUUUAAGUCCAGAACAGAAAAAGCUGCUGCUGGAAAAUUUUAAAGUGUCAGUUCAGAUUCCCACAGUGUCAUUUUCAGAGUCAGAACAGAACACAAGUGCCCUGCAAGAGUUUGACCUGCUACUGAGGAGGGUCUUCCCAAAGAUCUUCUCAUCCAGUCUGGUCCAACAUGAGAUGGUGGGAAACUACAGCCACCUGUUCACAGUACCAGGAAGCGAUCCUGAUCUGGAGCCGUACAUGCUGCUGGCACACAUUGAUGUAGUGCCGGCCGAUGAGGCGGAUGGGUGGGAUGCUCCUCCUUUCUCUGCUCAAGAGAUCAAUGGCUUCAUUUAUGGACGAGGAACCAUCGACAAUAAACAGUCUGUGAUGGGGAUCCUUCAGGCGUUGGAGUACCUGCUGGAACGAGGUUACACUCCUCGCAGAACCUUCUACAUUGGCUUGGGUCACGAUGAGGAGAUCAAUGGCCAACAAGGUGCUGUGAAUAUCGUGAAGCUCCUGAAGAGUCGUGGGGUGAAGCUCCUGUAUGUUUUAGAUGAAGGUCUCACGAUCAUGGAUGGAGUGGUAGAUGGCCUGAUCGGACCUGGUGCCCUAAUAGGUAUCAGUGAGAAAGGUCAGGCCACAGUAAAGCUGAGUGUCAGCACUCCUCCAGGACAUUCAUCCAUGCCUCCCAGAGAGAGCGGCAUUGGCAUCUUGGCUUCAGCAGUUGCAAGGUUGGAGAAGAACCGGAUGCCCAAUCGUUUUGGUCAUGGUCCAGAGCGUGCCACAUUUGAGCAUCUGGCACAUAAGUUUGGCUGGCCAUACAGAAUGGUCAUGUCUAAUCUGUGGCUCUUCUCUUCGCUGCUCAGCAGUGUUUUGGAAGGACAGCCUGACACAAAUGCCUUUGUGAGGACAACAACUGCCGUCACAAUGUUUAACUCUGGUGUUAAGGUGGGCUACCAUUCACAUAACUUAUUUUCUGUUUAUACAUAUAUUCACAUAAAUUUACUCUCAGCAUUAAUGGAGAUCCAACUGUUCUCCCCGCCUUUCUCUCUCUUACAGAUUAAUGUAAUGCCAGCAUAUGCUGAGGCCUUUGUCGAUUUCCGCAUUCACUCUUCCCAGACACUGCAAGAGGUUCUAAAGCUGAUUGAAUCCACCAUAUCUGAUGAGCGUGUGAAGGUAGAUUUUGUCAGUGGAUUCGACCCGCUGCCCAUCAGCUCGUAUGAUGACGAUACAUUUGGGUUCCAGAUCAUAAAGAAAACAGUGCAUGACAUUUUUCCUGAGGUCACAGUAUCUCCUAGUAUCUGCGUGGGCAACACUGACAGCCGUCACUACACAGAACUGUCUCCGGACAUUUAUCGUUUUGCCCCAUCAUGGUACAAACCUGGUGAUUCAGCGAGAUUCCAUGGUGUGAACGAGAGAAUCUCCAUCCAGAACUAUGAAGAGAUUGUGCUGUUCUACUUUCAGCUCAUGCAGAACAGUGACAUCAGAAAGUUGCCAGGACCUCGCACCUAAAAUAAAUCGGAAAUUCUGUAGAAGUCAUAAGCUGUGGGGUUUUUUUGGAAAGAAUUUAACACUUAUUCAGCUGGAUGCAUUAAAUUGAUCAAAAGUGACAGCAAACAUAUUUAUAAUGAUACACAAGAUUUGUAUUUCAAAUAAAUGUUCUUUUUAACUUUUCAUCAAAGAAUCCUGAAAAAUAAAGUAUCACGCUUUCCACAAAAAUAAGCAGUACAACUGACUUCAAUUUUAUUAUAAAGAAAUGUUUCUUGAGCAGCAAACCAGCCUAUUAGAAUGGUUUAAGACUGGAAAUUAAUUAAUUUAAGUGGUACUAAUAUUUGACUAUAUAACUGUUUUACUGUAUUGUUGAUCAGAUAAAUGCAGCCUUGCUGAGUACAAUAGUUCUUUCAAAAAUAUUUAAAAAAUCUUACUAACCCCAAACUUUGGAAAAUUACUGUAAAUAUAUUUUCUUAAUUUGCUUGUUGAAAUGGUGUAAAAUUA